UGUCUAAAGGACUUGAUAAUGGCAUUGGAAUAUGAGCAACACUUGUUUCUUAAGGAGCUUGGCAUAGAACCAGAAAACUUGGGCUGUUUUUCAGGUGAAUGGAAAGGAUCAGGGGAAGAGAUUCUUUGUUAUAAUCCUACAAACAAUAAAGUUAUAGCCAAAGUAAGAGCAGCAAGUGAAGAGGACUAUGAGUGGUGUGUCAAACGUGCCCUUGAUUGCAGGAAUCUUUGGUCUUCAUUGCCUAUGCCUACAAGGGGAGAAAUAGUGCGACAAAUUGGUGAUGCACUACGUGAGAAGAGGCUGUUACUUGGAAAGCUCAUUUCACUGGAAAUGGGUAAAAUUCUUGCAGAAGGCAUAGGUGAAGUUCAAGAGUUUAUUGAUAUUUGUGACUUUGGUGUGGGUUUAUCUCGUCAAUUAUCUGGCAAGUGCUUACCUAGUGAAAGGCAAGAUCACGUUAUGUUCGAGAUGUGGCAUCCAUUAGGAGCUGUUGGAUAUAUAACUGCCUUUAAUUUUCCUUGUGCUGUGUUUGGUUGGAAUAGUGCAAUCUCUUUGGUUUGUGGAAAUGUGCAGAUUUGGAAGCCAAGUGAGACCACUCCUUUGGUAGCCGUUGCUUUGACCAAGAUAAUUGCUCAAGUCUUAAAAAGUAAUGGAUAUCCUCCAGAAAUCGCUUCCCUAGUAAUAGGAUGUGGUGCUAUUGGAGAAAGACUGGCUAAAGAUAGUCGAUUGCCACUCAUAUCCUUUACAGGAUCUACCAAGACUGGACGAAAAGUAUCCAAGUUAGUACACGAAAGAUUAGGAAAGACCAUUUUAGAGUUGGGUGGAAAUAAUGCUGUUAUUGUUGAUAAGGAUUGCAAUAUGGACAUGGCACAUAGAGCUGUUUUGUUUGGUGCUGUUGGUACCGCAGGUCAACGUUGUACAUCCACCCGAAGACUUUAUCUUCAUCGUUCCAUUUAUAAUAACUUUGUGGAGAAAUUGGUGGAUUCUUAUCGACAGGUUAUUAUUGGUGAUCCUUUAGAUGAGAAGACGUUGAUGGGUCCUUUACAUACAAAAAUGGCGGUAGAAAUGUAUCAGAAAGGUAUCGAAGAAGCUGUUUCUCAAGGAGGUAAAGUCCUCUAUGGUGGUAAAGUGAUUAGAGACAAUUUUGUGGAGCCUACUAUUAUUGAAGUGAAGCCACAUGCAAAGUGUGUGCAAGUGGAGUUAUUUGCUCCCAUUUUAUAUGUAAUGCCCUUUGACACUCUGCAAGAAGCGAUCACGCUCAACAACUCAGUCUCACAAGGUCUAAGUAGUUCACUUUUCAGUAGUCAUAUGCAGCAUGUAUUUGAAUGGCUAGGCCCUUGUGGCUCAGACUGUGGCAUCGUGAAUGUCAAUAUUGGAACGAGUGGAGCAGAGAUUGGCGGUGCCUUUGGAGGUGAAAAAGAAACGGGAGGUGGUCGUGAAAGUGGAAGCGAUGCCUGGAAACAAUAUAUGCGUAGAGUAACAGCUACCGUUAAUUAUGGAAAUGCUCUUCCGCUUGCUCAAGGAAUCCAGUUUGGAAGUAGUUGAAUUUUUCGUAAAAUCAAUUUCUUUUUGUUA